GCUCGCCCAGCCCGCCACCUCCAUACCCGGCUCCGCCUAGCCCCUCGCCUCCCGAGGUCCCCAGCUAUCCUCCUCCCUACCCGCCACAGCCAAGUCCGCCCUCGCCUUCGCCACCGUCACCCAGCCCGCCCUCGCCCAGCCCGCCACCUCCAUACCCGGCUCCGCCCAGCCCCUCGCCUCCCGAGGUCCCCACUGCUCCUCCUCCCUACCCGCCACAGCCAAGCCCUCCCUCGCCUUCGCCACCGUCACCCAGCCCGCGCUCGCCCAGCCCGCCACCUCCAUACCCGGCUCCGCCUAGCCCCUCGCCUCCCGAGGUCCCCACUGCUCCUCCUCCCUACCCGCCACAGCCAAGUCCGCCCUCGCCUUCGCCACCGUCACCCAGCCCGCCCUCGCCCAGCCCGCCACCUCCAUACCCGGCUCCGCCUAGCCCCUCGCCUCCCGAGGUCCCCACUGCUCCUCCUCCCUACCCGCCACAGCCAAGUCCGCCCUCGCCUUCGCCACCGUCACCCAGCCCGCGCUCGCCCAGCCCGCCACCUCCAUACCCGGCUCCGCCUAGCCCCUCGCCUCCCGAGGUCCCCACUGCUCCUCCUCCCUACCCGCCACAGCCAAGUCCGCCCUCGCCUUCGCCACCGUCACCCAGCCCGCCCUCGCCCAGCCCGCCACCUCCAUACCCGGCUCCGCCUAGCCCCUCGCCUCCCGAGGUCCCCACUGCUCCUCCUCCCUACCCGCCACAGCCAAGUCCGCCCUCGCCUUCGCCACCGUCACCCAGCCCGCCCUCGCCCAGCCCGCCGCCUCCAUACCCGGCUCCGCCCAGCCCCUCGCCUCCCGAGGUCCCCACUGCUCCUCCUCCCUACCCGCCACAGCCAAGUCCGCCCUCGCCUUCGCCACCGUCACCCAGCCCGCCCUCGCCCAGCCCGCCGCCUCCAUACCCGACUCCACCUAGCCCCUCGCCUCCCGAUGUCCCCACUGCUCCUCCUCCCUACCCGCCACAGCCAAGCCCGCCCUCGCCUUCGCCACCGUCACCCAGCCCGCCCUCGCCCAGCCCGCCGCCUCCAUACCCGGCUCCGCCCAGCCCCUCGCCUCCCGAGGUCCCCAGCUAUCCUCCUCCCUACCCGCCACAGCCAAGCCCACCCUCGCCUUCGCCACCGUCACCCAGCCCGCCCUCGCCCAGCCCGCCGCCUCCAUACCCGGCUCCGCCCAGCCCCUCGCCUCCCGAGGUCCCCACUGCUCCUCCUCCCUACCCGCCACAGCCAAGCCCUCCCUCGCCUUCGCCACCGUCACCCAGCCCGCCCUCGCCCAGCCCGCCACCUCCAUACCCGGCUCCGCCUAGCCCCUCGCCUCCCGAGGUCCCCACUGCUCCUCCUCCCUACCCGCCACAGCCAAGUCCGCCCUCGCCUUCGCCACCGUCACCCAGCCCGCCCUCGCCCAGCCCGCCGCCUCCAUACCCGGCUCCGCCCAGCCCCUCGCCUCCCGAGGUCCCCACUGCUUCUCCUCCCUACCCGCCACAGCCAAGCCCUCCCUCGCCUUCGCCACCGUCACCCAGCCCGCCCUCGCCCAGCCCGCCACCUCCAUACCCGGCUCCA